AAGAUGAGUAAACCACUCGGGACCGCUCCUGCCAUGGCGGGAUCUUGGUCCAAACUGUCCCUCACGCCUUGGAUAUCAGAAGCCAUAGUCACGAUGGGUAUUGAGAAUAUGACACCUGUCCAAGCUUCCACCAUUCCACGAGCUAUCAAGAACCAAGAUUGUGUGGUGGAGGCCGUCACUGGCUCUGGCAAAACUUUGGCUUUCGUCGUACCCAUAUUGGAACGACUCUGUCGGGCUGAGAGAAAGUACAAAAAAGGAGAAGUAGCAGCUAUAGUCAUUGCUCCUACUCGAGAAUUGGCUGUUCAAAUACAUUCCGUAUUCCAACGUUUCCUUUCAACCGUACAACCCCCUCCACCCCCUAUUGAAGACCCCACAACUUCAAGUACUAUUCACUGCAAUCCCACUCGCUCUGAUUCCCCUUCUCCAACCUUCGAAUCAUUCUCUUUACCCAUGCUGGUCACAUCGGGAACUCAAGAGGUAUACGAAACUUUCCUUUCCCUUUCCUCCAAUAUCAUUGUUGGUACACCAGGUCGAUUAGCCGCAUUCCUCCUCUCUCCCCGUGGUCUGUCACAAGUCCGCGUGAAUGACCUGGAUGUUUUAGUUCUGGACGAAGCAGACCGUCUUCUAUCCUCACCAGAUCAUAGAAGAGACGUCGAAAGAAUUAUGGGACAUUUACCUAAACAACGUCGGACUCAUCUUUUCUCAGCUACAAUGACGGAUGCCGUGGAGGAGUUGAUAGGGAUUGGAUUGAGGAAUCCUGUGAGGAUCGUGGUGAAUUUAAGAGAUAAGCGAGAUGGUGAAGGGCAAGAGAGGAGAUUACCUGCGAGGUUGGAAAACAAGUAUCUUGUGUGUGGUCCGGGGGAGAAGACUUUACAAUUUUUCAGAUUAUUGAAGAAAGAGGCUAGAGAAGGAGGAGCAAAAUUUAUCGUUUACUUCUCAACAUGUGCAGCGGUGGAUUAUUUCUAUAGAAUACUCACCAAACUAAACACUUUGCACACUUUUCAUUUCACCUCACUUCACGGUGACCUACCUCCCUGGAUCCGAACCACAGCACUAAACGACUUUACCUCACAUGCUUCUACCCACCUCUCACCCGCUGUGCUCUUAUGUACAGACGUCGCUGCCCGAGGAGUCGAUUUUGAAGAUACAGACGUUGUCAUACAAUACGAUCCGCCCACCGAUCCAAAGGCUUUUUCUCAUCGUGCUGGACGUACGGCUCGGGCAGGUAGAGCAGGUAGAGCAUUUGUUUUGUUGACCAAUGGGAGAGAAGAAGAUUAUGUGGAUUUCAUGUCUGUGAGGAAGAUGCCCCUUACGAAGCAGAUGUAUCUUUCUGAGGAACUGGAAGAGGUGACAGCUUACACGAAACACGAAGCUUCUUUCAUCUUCAGACUUUCCGAUAUGGAUUUUCACGGAAUGGCAAUGUCGUACGGUCUACUUCGACUUCCUGCUAUGCCAGAGAUCAACGAGUGGCAUUUCAUCACACCUUGGGAAGAUGCUGAUAUUGAUUGGGAUAAUUUCUCUUAUUCUUCAAAAGAUCGUGAAAACGCCCGUCUGGUCGCUUUGGAAAAGAAACGUCUUCUCCCACCUCCCAACGAAGGAGAUAAGAAGAAACGCAAGAUUCAAGAAAAGAUGCGUGAAUCUUGGUCUGUACAAAAAGAUAAAAAAUCCAGAAAAGAAGAUCGAAGAAUCAAAAGAGAUGUGAAGAAACAACGUGAACAUGAAGAACGUUUAGCUCGAGGGGAAGUUGAUGAAGAUAAAAGUUUAGUACGUGCAUUCGAAGCUCGUGUGAAGAAAGAUAGAGAAGAAGAGGAUUCAGAGUAUAGGUUAUUGAAGAAAGAGAUACAAGGUGAGAAAGUUGGUAAGAAAAGAAGUGUGAAAGUUGAAGGUAUGUUUGGAGAUCUUGAUUGAUCAAAACCAUUUCAUCCGGGAUUUUUCCAUCUAUCUGUUUCACGAGAAAAUGUUUGCAGGAAAAUAAUACAAGUAAUCAUGUUGUACAACUUCAUAAACACAUUGAACUGAAAUGAUGAUAUAUACCGUCCUCGUAU